AUGUUGCACACUCACGCCGCCCUCUACGCCAUGUCAAUGCGGGCGGUCCGCAUCUCGGCGGACGCGGCGCGCAGCAUCGUGCCUCUGACCAAAGGAGGCCGGCGCAAGGAUAGCGACGAGUCCUGCCUGUUUGUGUUCUUCGCCGGGGAGUACACCACCGCCAAUGCGCGCAAAAUGAUCGAUGAGGACAUCCGCUGCGUGGUGGCAUGCCAGCAGUUCCGCACGCGGGACUGUAAAAAGAUGGAGGUGUUCCUGUGCUGCGCCACGCAACCCAUCAUCGAGUCGUCCACCGGCGUGAAGAUGGGCUGCUUUCAAUACUACUACCCCGAGCUGGCCUUCCACUUCAAGGAUGCCGGCCUGAGCAUCUUCAACAACAACUGGAGCAACGUCCACGACUUCACGCCCGUGGCCGGCGAGACCAACUGGAGCCUGCUACCCGAAAGCGCCGCCGUGCUAGAGUCCGUGCCGGCCCCCGGUGCCGACUCGGACUUCAAGGCGGUCCGCAUCUCGGCGGACGCGGCGCGCAGCAUCGUGCCUCUGACCAAAGGAGGCCGGCGCAAGGAUAGCGACGAGUCCUGCCUGUUUGUGUUCUUCGCCGGGGAGUACACCACCGCCAAUGCGCGCAAAAUGAUUGACGAGGCGACCGCCAAAGGCUUCGUGCUGAUCCAGACAAAGGAGGUGUCGAUGCGACCCGAAGACGUCAAGCGUGUGUUCCAGAACAAUGCUGAGGAUCUCGUGGACUGGAUCAGCAAAGGUCCUGUCAUUGCCCUGGAGCUUAACGGUGACGGUGUCGUGGAAGCCUGCAAGAACAUAGCCGGCGAGGUGUUUGGCGGCACUAAGGUUUUCGUCUCAGACAACAAGAACACAUCUUCUCAUGAUGUGGACAACUUCUUCAACUUCGCCGACAUGCAAAUGGGCUUGUGAGGAGUCAGGUCCAUACACAUUUGGACGCUGCUUUGUUUUUUUUUUUUUUGCACUGCUACAAUCAGUGUGGGCCACACACCAUCCGGACCUGCUGCUGCUGCUUUGAUAAAUAAUCCACGGCUGUAAACACAUAAGAAGGGUUAACCCCAAGACGUAGUGUUUAUGACCAGAGUAGCUUUGAAUGUACAGCGCGGCCGCCCUAUCGUGUUAUUUAUGCAGCCAAUGCAAAUUGAGAUUCGCGCUCCUGCUGUCCACAUUUUUACCACUUGCUGUUUGUUUGCUGUUGGCGUUAGAGCCGAGAGAAGUACUCGCAUCCUGUACUUAUGUAGAAAUGCACAUACUUAUGUUAAAAAAAGAAGAGAGAGUUGUAAAAGUAGAGGAAAUGAUUCAACUCCUUCCGUUAAAAAAAAUUAUAAAUAGCACACACUGUGACAUGCACAUAAGUUUGUUGCGACCUUUUGGCUUGUGGCAUCAGGUCACCACAGUGAAUCAGUUGAAUAAAUGUUUGUUUGUUUUUUUUCGGGGGGUGGGGGAUUGUGAUUUUUGUAUUCGGGCAUAGCACCAGCCAUGGCUGGGUCUCGACGCGCUGGCUGGGAAUUAAACUGCAUCACUAUACUGUACCACCUGCGCUGAAAUGUAAUUAAUUACUAAAGUCAAAAUGAAUUCAUACCGCCGCUUCCUUGACAGCUUUCCCACACACACAUGCAGGUUUUUUUAUUACCUAAGAUUGCUGGUCCGACCCGUUUCAGACUCUUUUAUUGGAACAAAUCCAAUCACUUAGACCACACUUACUUUCUCUCGGUUACAUUGGCCUCACCUUCCUGACCCGGUCAUCCAAUCCAGUCACUUUCAUGGCCUUGUUGACGGUCGGAACUUGUAAAAGCGUAACACCAUUUCAUGUAAGACAACUGCUGGGUUUGCUAUUUGACAGUCCGUGAAUAACGACAAUCCAUGUACAAGUGACGCCCAGUAUGAAUGCAUUGGGAAUUUUUUCUUAAAUCCCAAAUUCAUAGGGGAAAAAAAAUGUCCACAAAAACACGAGGGUUAAACCCCCCCCCCCUCAAAAAAAAAAAAAAACAGCAUGUAGGUGCCGAAACACGAUGAUGUGUUCCAGGAGAGAAUGCUUUGUAAUGGUGUAGCAAACCUGCAGUUUUGUUACGUGGAUUGUUGCGAGAGUUUUUUCAGAUACGACUCUGAGACUGUGAAGGUGCCUCUGAUUAGUAAUUGGAUGAGUGAGUCCUAAAAGAUCUACUUAAGUAUCGUAACCAUUUGUACGUAGGUACUUGGCACCACUGGUCAACAUGUACUUGUAUGUAGUUUGUAUUUAUUUUUUGAUGCUCGCCUCUGUCAAAAUGUGAACGUGUAGCUCUAGUGUUGGUUCGCUUCACUGUCUGAAACAUCAGGAGCACAAGAAUGCCUCAUAUUUUAUGUAUAAAUCCUUGUAAAGAUCGUCACGUGUGUGUACUAUACUUUAAUGUACGAUGGAACGCACCUUUUGUUUACUCAAAAAAGAAAUGGACAUGUAUGCUUUUUUUUAUGUAGGCCAUCAUGUGAUCAGUCUUUUUUUUUGCACAGUGUGUUUUAUAUGCUUUGAAUGUUUUUGUAUAGAAACCAACUGAUGUUCGACGCUGUACGUUUUUUUAGUAAAGGUUUUUACAUUUGUGA